CCCAAGAUAUAGUAUCGAGAACAUAUUAAGGCAAGAUAACUCUGUGUACUGUUCGUCAAAGAGCACCAACAUCAAUAUUAGGUUGAAAUUUAACGACAGACACAGAAGCGUUUCUGAGGCGACCUUUAUUCUCACAAGGAUCAUUGUGAAAGCGCCACAGCAAGGUUACACCGCACCAUGUAAAGAAGGCUUAAUUUUUGUAUCACAUGAACCGAUAUCAGUCGAAGCAACGGAACGUUACGAUGAUUUCACUGAAGCAAAAUACAAGGAAUUACUUGCAAGUGGUGAUGGUUAUAUUGAUGAUUCAUGGCCAGCAGCAUAUUUCUGUAUAGAUUCAUCAAAAUCGUUGUUUGAGCAGGCGAUAACACCCAAUAGAUCAGGGAAAUUCGUCCUUGUAAAAUUACUCAGAGCAGAUGGUGAUGCAAACAACAUUGACCUUCAAUAUCUUGGGCUUAUUGGAGCAACUGGGCCGAGAUCAUUUGAUGCUGGCUCAUUUAG